GCGGAAAAGGAGUAGGAAAUGAUGAGACCGACAUAACUAAAAGUUAUCGCCUUUGUUGCUCUACCGAUUUUAAUAAAGUUUUUUCGGUGCGUUCGUUAAUGCGCACGCGCAGAUCACCGCACGAGGCGGAAGUGUGUUAUCGUGGAGGGGAGGGAAAGAGCUAGCUGAGCUAACGAGAGGUAGCUCCUUAACCCAGGUGUACAGAACACAGUGUGCAGGUUUCAUCACUGAACACUUUACUUUAGCACACUGCUGGAGGGAGGGACUGCGCUCUGUGGUGAAGAUGCCGAAGAAUAAAGGUAAGGGAGGAAAGAAUCGGCGGCGUGGUAAGAAUGAGAACGAGUCGGAGAAGAGAGAGCUGGUGUUUAAGGAGGAUGGACAGGAAUAUGCUCAGGUGAUUAAGAUGUUGGGAAACGGGCGUUUGGAGGCAAUGUGCUUUGACGGAGUGAAGAGGCUGUGUCACAUCAGAGGAAAACUCCGGAAAAAGGUCUGGAUAAACACGUCUGAUAUCAUUCUGAUCGGACUGAGAGAUUAUCAGGAUAAUAAAGCAGAUGUGAUUCUGAAGUAUAAUGCAGAUGAGGCGAGGAGUCUGAAGGCAUAUGGUGAACUCCCAGAGCACGCUAAAAUCAAUGAGACGGACACAUUUGGACCUGGUGAUGAUGAUGAGAUUCAGUUUGAUGACAUUGGAGAUGAUGAUGAGGACAUUGAUGAUAUCUGAAGGUGUGUAUGGAGGACUGCUGUGUUUACUGCAGAGAGGAAGAUCAUGCUCUCUUCUGAUUGGACAGAAUUUAUUAAACUUUUUCCGUGACUGACAAACUGGUGAUACACCUCUCUCUCUCUCUCUCUCUCUCUCUCUCUCUCUCACACACACACACACACACACACACACACACACACACA